AUGAACAGUUCUCACACUACAAAGUCCUGUGUGUUCAUCCUGCUUGUGGCCCUACUGUGUGCAGAAAGAGCUCAGGGGCUCGAGUGUUACCAUUGCCUGGGGGUCCCACUUGAUGCUUCCUGCCCAUCAGUUACCUGCAUCUACCCAAAUGGAGUCUGUAUUACUCAUAAGAUAGAAGUUAUUUUCAGCUCUCAAAGAAGCAAACAAAAGAGCAGUUUCUGCCUUCCAGACUGCCCUGCUACUUUUGAAAAUGGCAGUACUACUAUAAACGUGACUACUUUCUGUUGUAAGAAAGACCUGUGCAAUGCAGCAAUUCCCACUGGAGGCCGCACCUGGACCAUGGCAGGGGUGCUUCUGUUCAGCCUGGGCUCAGUCCUCCUGCAGACCUUGCUGUGA